CAUUUGUUGAGGUUCUCGCUGCAGAGUCCAUAAGACAAACUUGUGGCGUGUGUAUUAUUACUAUUAUUAUUAAUACUAUUAGUAUUAUAUAAGUUCUAUGUCUUGUGAAUGGAUCUAGAAUGCCUUCACGUGGCACUGUCGUUGGGUUGACACUGUCAUUCAUGCUUGGAGUUGUCGUUGGCUACCAGCUAAAAGUCUUACGAAUGAAAUACCUGAAAGCAAAACGAGACCGGCUGAAUAGAAAAUUACAAAAAACACAACAGGAAAUCUACGCAGCGGCUUAGAUUUACAAACUUGUUCACUUUCAGAAGAGCUCGACGAUGUCUGGCGCAAACACGAGGCACCUGCUGGGUGUCGGGCGAGGGCUGCAGAAGGUUGUCACGGCGAUGGCAGAGCAGCAGCAGGCUGAGUGCAGGCAGGCGUGGCAGAACUCCUCCCUCAGAGCUGGUGCAGGAAGUCUGCUUUCGCAUGGAGAGCGCUGCUUCUCCGAAGGAAUCCUGAAGCAGGGAAAAGUGGAGGAUUCGAUGAGGAGGGCAGCCCGCGGGGCGAGCAAUAUAGCGGAAGCCGCGAGACAACUCGUCAGUCAGUUCACCUCGCGUGACGUCACAGGUCAGAGGCCGCAGCACGAGUUCGACAGCGAGUCGCCGCGGGCGCCCGGUGCGGAGGAGUUUGACAGGACGAAUGUUGUUAACGAGGCGGGCGACAGCAGUAGUGCUGACGGUGACAGGGACGAUGUCAGACGAGACGACAGAGACAAUGAUCAGCCAGGCAUGGGAGCUGGCAAGAUGGACGACCCGUUUGCUUCCGGCGGCAAGCGUUCGUUACAUUAUUACUGUCGCCAGCAUUUUGCGGUGACUACCCGCACCCAGCUCGAUCUACACAGUGUACGUCGCACGCAGUCAAGUGGGCCGCCGAAGCCAAAAAUGAUAUUAAAACCAAAACAAGUGUUAGGGCCACGCUCUCGAGAGAAAAAAGUUCCUGAUUCCAGAAUAGAAAGGCUUGCAAGUUACGGUGGUUUGGCUGUGGGUCUAAGUGCUGGUGCUAUUGCAGAGGUCACACGAAGAUCACUUGGUUUAUCGCAGGGCGCACCCAGCACAGGAGCUAUUUUUGGCAGUAGCCCCUUCCUAUCGGAGGCAAAUGCUGAGCGCAUUGUCGCCACACUCUGCAAGGUGAGGGGAGCGGCUCUGAAGCUUGGACAGAUGCUCAGCAUCCAAGAUAAUGUCUUCAUCAGCCCUCAACUGCAAACAAUAUUUGCCAGAGUGAGACAGGGAGCAGACUUUAUGCCAGAAUGGCAGAUGAAGAAAGUGCUGACGAAAGAACUCGGAACAGACUGGGCUACGAAGCUGAAAUCGUUCGAGACUAGACCGUUUGCGGCAGCUUCUAUAGGACAGGUUCACUUGGCAACACUUCAUGAUGGCAGGGAGGUUGCAAUGAAGAUACAGUAUCCUGGGAUAGGCCUUAGCAUCGACAGCGACAUAGACAACCUGAUGUCGGUACUAACUCUUGCCAACAUCUUGCCUAAAGGCCUGUACGUGGACAACGCUGUGUUGGUCGCUCGUAAGGAGCUAGCUUGGGAGGUGGACUACAUUCGCGAGGCUAACAACUGCAAGCGUUUCAGGGAGCUGAUGAAGAACGAUACGGUGUUCCACGUUCCUGAGGUGAUCGAUGCGUUGACGACGCAGCAGGUGCUAACGCAAGAGCUCAUCUACGGUGAAGCCGUGGAUAAGGUGGCAGACGCUGACGAAGACACCCGAUACAUGAUCUGUGAAAACAUUCUGAGACUGUGCCUGAAGGAACUGUUUGAGUUUAGAUUCAUGCAAACGGAUCCAAACUGGUCAAACUUCUUCUACAAUGCUGAUACAAAUAAGAUCUGCCUGCUCGAUUUCGGAGCAUGUAGAGACUUUGACAAAAGAUUUGUAGAUGAUUACAUGCGGGUGAUCAAGGCAGCCACCUACCAGGACAAGGAAGGCAUCAGGCACUGGUCAGAGAAACUUGGUUUCCUCACAGGCUACGAAACAUCGGUGAUGGUCGACGCGCACAUCGACGCAGUGAUGAUCCUCGGCGAGGCGUUCUCGCACGACGGACCGUUCGACUUCACGGGGCAGAGCACGACGCGUCGCAUCCAGAACCUCAUCCCCACCAUGCUGAAGCACCGCCUGACGCCGCCGCCCGAGGAGACCUACUCCCUGCACAGGAAGAUGUCGGGAGCAUUCCUGCUGUGCACAAAGCUCGAUGCCAAGGUCAACUGCAAGCGAAUGUUCGAUGACAUAUACGCAGCCUAUCGGUUUGACGCCUAGGCGCCCGUGAUGCGGCCGUACGGUGAAUCCUCGCAAUAGGAUUAGCGUCUCCGUGUCUGCCUGAAAGAGCAGGUUAACUGAAAGAGGCACAUCUACGGCAAGUGUGCUGGAGGUGGAGUACGCAUGUCUUCUCCCAAGAGCGUGAUGCAGUCGAGAGGUCUGCCUGAGAACUAUUCGUUUCGGCGCAUCUGUUCAUAUAGUUGAUGUGUUUAUCAGAAACUUUUUAAGGUGUGGCGAAAGAGUGCGUUUGACACAUGUUUCUUUUUUGAUUGGUCUUCAAACCAGACCAUGUUUCACACUUGGUAAAUAUGAUUAGGGCUAACGUUUCAGUGUAGGUUGUACUUUAUGUACAUACAUCACUGUUUCACUGUGUCAUUGUAAUAAUUACACAGUGCCCCAAGUAACAAUAAUUUAUUGUGUUCAACUUCAUACUUGUUGAUAUUAUUUGGUCCACACCAGGAAAAUUUUAAUUAUAUCAAGGUUUUACCAAAAAAGAUUGUUCAUAUUUAUGACUGAACACCAUCCUACAUCGAUGUAUGCAUGGCUGAAUCAUUAUAAAAUGUUUGAAAUUCUAGAUAUAUUAAAUCUUAUGGUUAGUGGUAAAA